GUCACCAGGCGCAGUGAUGAGUUCCCAGUGGGGCUCUGGGGUGGGGGUGGGGGCUCUGGAGCAGGGCAUUCCUUCCCGAAGCCUCAUCCCGGCUCAGCCCCUCCUGCUCCUCCCCCGCCCCUCCCCCUCCCGCCGGGCCUGGAAUUGGGUUUGGGGCGGGUUCUGCUUCCAAAGCCAUCUUCCCCAGCAGCAGGGAGGGCUCUCCUCCGUGCCGGGCUCUUGUUUUCGGAGGCUCCGGUGGUGCUCAGUGCCGGCCUGCUGCACGGUGGUCUCUCGACGGAGGUGGGCGUCGCCGAAGGAGCCCUCCACACAGGGGAGGCCCUGGAGGAUCGCAACACCUGCAGGUGGGCUGUGCUGGCCGGUGAGCUGCGAGCAGGGCCACCAGGAACCCGGACUCCACUGGCCUGGAGAUGGCUGGGAACUGCUCCUGGGAGGGCCGCCCCGGCGACCGGAACGAGAUGUGUCCGGGCGCGAGCGAGGCCGCGGAGCUGUACAGCCGCGGCUUCCUGACCAUGGAGCAGAUCGCCGCGCCACCGCCGCCGGCCGUCGUGAACUACAUCUUCCUGCUCCUCUGCCUGUGCGGGCUCGUGGGCAACGGGCUGGUGCUCUGGUUCUUCGGCUUCUCCAUCAAGCGGAGCCCCUUCUCCAUCUACUUCCUGCACCUGGCUGGCGCCGACGCGGGCUACCUCUUUAGCAAGGCCGUGCUCUCCAUCCUCAACACGGGGGGCUUCCUGGGCACCUUUGCCGAAUACGUCCGCGCGGUGUCCAGGGUCCUGGGGCUCUGCACGUUUGUCGCCGGCGUGAGCCUCCUGCCGGCCAUCAGCACGGAGCGCUGCCUGUCGGUCAUCUUUCCCGCCUGGUACUGGCGCCAGCGGCCCAAGCGCCUGUCGGCCGUGGUGUGCGCCCUGCUCUGGACCCUGUCGCUCCUGGUCACCGGCGUCCACAACUACUUCUGCGUGUUCCUGGGCCGCCAGGCCUCGGGCGGCCCCUGCAGGCACAUGGACAUCUCCCUGGGCGUGCUGCUCUUCCUGGUCUUCUGCCCGCUCAUGGUGCUGCCCUGCCUGGCGCUCAUCCUGCACGUGGAGUGCCGCGCGCGGCGGCGCCAGCGCUCCGCCAAGCUCAACCACGUCAUCCUGGCCGUGGUCUCGGUUUUCCUCGUGUCCUCCAUCUACCUAGGGAUCGACUGGUUCCUCUUCUGGGUCUUCCAGAUCCCGGCCCCGUUCCCCGAGUACGUCACCGACCUCUGCAUCUGCAUCCACAGCAGCGCCAAGCCCGUGGUCUACUUCCUGGCAGGGAGGGACAAGUCCCAGCGGCUCUGGGAGCCUCUCAGGGUGGUCUUCCAGCGGGCCCUGCGGGACGGCGCCGAGCUGGGGGAGGUCGGGGCCGGCACGCCCAACACGGUCACCAUGGAGAUGCAGGGCACCUCUGGGAACGCCUCCUGAGGGGCAGGCCCUGGAGGGGAGGCCCGGGCCGAGCAGCCGUGACCUCCAGAGACCCUUCACUGGGACAGGAACUGGGCAGCGGCCGGGUGCUGAAUUCAAGGAGAAAAGUCUGCUUCCCGCCCCUUAGGCCUCCCUGCCCCUGGGCCGGAGGCUCUGUAAGCGAGCAAGAGACCGAGCCUGUGGCCUCACCAGGCCCCGCCCCCAGCCAGCCUCCUGCGUCAGUGACCCAGAAGGUGUCCUCAGGUGGUGGGCCUCCUUACCGCAGGCUGGUCCGUAAAGGAGAUGGGAGGGGCCACCAAACCUUGUCCACCUCCUGCCCCUUUACGGGAGCCCUGCUUGGAAAUGACACAGCCCCACCAUCACCUCCUCCCGCCAUCCGGGCACCUGCUGACGCCGGGCCUCCUCUCUAGGCAACGCUGGCGCUGGCGGCGCACCCGAACGGGAAGGGGCUGUCUGGGAGAGUGCACUGGGUCGCCUGCCCGUGGCUCGGUCUUUCUCCAAGUGAAGCCCCUGCCCCCUUGAUGAACCCUGUGGUGACAGCAAGCAGGUAGAGGCGGGAAGGACCUUCAGGCAGCUUGGGCCAGUCACUUUGUUUUCUGGCUCCGUGCCAGCCAGCCCGGCAGCCUCCCGGAGCAGGCGGCGAGUCCCAGCUGUGAUCCGCCCGGGCGGUCUCCGGGCCCCAGGCCUGCCCCAAAGUGGGCACUGGCCCAGCCGGGCCACCCGGCCUACCUUCAAGCGCAGUGGCCCAGCGUAGCCAAAGGAAGUUUUACAAAAGACGA